UUGCCUCCUUUCGGCGACCGUUACAAAACUCGGAGAGUUCUACUUGUAAGCCUUCUUUUUCUCUCUCCACACAGUCGCACACUUGCACAGGGAGAGUUUUCUGUGAAAGUGAAAGAAGAGCUUCGGAGUUGCAGAAAAAGAGAGAAAAAAUGGUGGGAGAACAGAAGAGGCAUCAGAUGAUGCAGAAUUUGUUCGGUGAGCAAUCGGAAGAAGAGGAAGAAGAGGAGGUCGAGUCCGAGCACGAGUCCAAUCGCCAGCCCGGCUAUGCUUCGGAAGAAGGAGAUGGAGGGCUGGAGCCAGAGGGUGAAGGUGAAGUAGAAGGCCAUGGUGAAGCAGAAAUAGAAAGUGAAGCUGAACUACAAGAUAUUGAUCAUGAUCGUGGUGAAAGUGAGGGUGAAAGAGAACAGAGUUCUCAAGAAGUUGAAGCUGGUGAUCACAGGGAAGAAAGUGGAGAAAAAGACUCGGAGAGUGAUGAAAAAGUACAAUAUGAUCAGAGAGUUGUAACCAGCAGGAGACGUGGUGAUGUCAUCAGUGGAUCAGAAAGAUCUGAGGACAACACUUAUGCUGACAAUGAAGAUGAAGAAGUGAAUCAGGCUAGAAAUCUUAGAUCUCCUAGUCAAGAGAGAGAUGAGGCUCAUAUUUCACUCUCAGCUCCUGAGAUCCGUGAUGUAUUUGGGGACUCUGAUGAUGAAGAACCAGUGGAGUAUGGGGUUCAAAAUCAAAUUGAAGAUGAGGCAAAUAGAUUCCCUAUGGAAGAGGAUGAGGAGGACUAUGACAAGGAACUCAAACCAGAGGAUAUGCUGGCUGAUGAGGAGGGCCACUAUGAAUCUGAGGAAGAGCAUCCUGAGGCUAAGCCAAGGGAAAAACCAGUUGGUCCUCCAUUGGAGCUGGAGAUUCCGCUGCGUCCACCUCCUGCACUCCCUGAAAAGAUGAACAUGAUCAAAGUUUCUAAUAUAAUGGGCAUCGACCCCAAGCCUUUUGAUCCCAAAACAUAUAUUGAAGAGGAUCAUUUUGUGACAGAUGAAUCUGGGUCUAAGAGACGCAUCCGCUUGGAAAAUAAUAUUGUUCGGUGGAGGAGAGUGACAAAUCCUGAUGGCACAACUUCUAUUGAAAGUAAUGCACGCUUUGUGAGAUGGUCAGAUGGGAGCUUACAAUUGUUAAUUGGAAAUGAAGUUCUUGACAUAUCAGAGCAGGAUGCACAGCAUGAUCAAGCACAUCUUUUUCUUAGACAUGGAAAGGGAAUUCUCCAAUCACAAGGGAGAAUCUUAAAAAAGAUGAGAUUUAUGCCUUCAUCAUUAUCAUCUAACUCUCAUAGAUUGUUGACUGCUUUAGUCGACUCACGGCAUAAAAAGGUCUAUAGGGUCAAGAAUUGCAUCACCGACAUUGACCCUGAGAGGGAGAAAGAACAAAAGGAGAAGGCUGAGAGUCAAACAAUCAGAGCCAAUGAACUUCUCAAUCGGAAGAAGGAGAAAGUCAAUCGCAAGUAUACACAAACUGUACGCAGGGAGCGCCAACUUUCACCUGGUUUCUUAGAGGAUGCACUUGAGGAGGAAGAAGACCCAGAUUAUUAUGAAUCUCGGCGUUCUGCUGCUCGACGUCGCUUUGAAGAAGACCUAGAAAUGGAAGCUCAAGCUGAGAAGCGCAUUAUCAAUGCGAAGAAGGGGCACAAAGAUGUUGCACGAAAGCCAUCAAUGUCCACAACAAAAUCAUCUCGACAGCCAGUGGACUUUUCAGAGAGUGAAAAGGAAGAGUCUGAAUAUGAAACAGAAGAGGAAGAAGAUGAGAGGUCACCAGCGCAUGGGAGGGCAGAAGACAUAGAGCAGGAUUAUGAAGAUGAGGAAGAGCAUGAUGAAGAGGAGGAAGAAGCAAAUGAGGUGUCAGAAGAGGAGCCAGAGGAGCCAAGGAGAAAAUCUAAGGAGCCUGGAACCAGUCUUAAGAGAAAGGACAUUGAAUCUGAUGAGGACUCUCCUCCCAGGAAAGCUGCGACACAUCGUCGAAUGGCAAUUGUUUAUGACAGUGAUGAUGAAUAAAUGAAUCUCAGAUAAGAUAGGUUACUCAUAGGAUUUGUAAGGCUAGAAUGGAUGCUUGAUGUCAUUGCUGAUUUCAUAUGCAGAUAUCCAGAGCCUAGUCAGAAAUUUGUCCAUCGUCCACUAAGAAGUCAAUAUGAUAUGCGGUGAAGUCUCAGAAGUUUUAUGAUGUACAUGAUUAGUGAGAGAGAUUCUUAUAUUCCUUGUGCUUAAUUGCUGAAUAACCACAUGAAAGGAAGUAACUUGUACUGACUAGGUUAAAAAAAUUAAGCAACUGAAUUUUGAGCAACAUGAAUGUAGUUUUCAAUCCUUUGUUAUGUUCUUCCGUUGCCCAUCUCCUUACCUAUUUUUGACAGGAUUUUGUACCUUCUUCCUAUGUUCAACAUUUGGAGCUAGAGGAGCCUGAUAUCAAAGAAAUGAGGGAGAAUAUGGCAGAUUGGGGAAUCCAGUGGGGCCCGUGGGGGGUAGGAACUCUUUAUGGGGUUAUGGAGGUCGACUGUUGUGGUUGGGGAGAGUGAUUGAAGGGAGAGGAUGGUGGAGAGGAACAGGAGGUGGCUUUUGUUGCUGGUCAAAUAAUGUGGAAGCCAUGGCAAAACAGUCUUGCCAACUCAUGUCCCGGAAGCAUAAGCACCAGCCAUUUUAUCUCAUCAAUUAUGUUUUACCAAAAUGUUAUUGUUUUGGAAAAUCAAACACUUUAUUUUACGACCUUUUAGUUUUACAAGUACAUUUGUUUAUCCUAUUGUUCUCGCUUUGUUCUAAAAAAAAACCUGAGUUGGUGUGUUUUGGCUUUCA